AUGGAUAGAGCUAUGAGCCUUCAAGCUCGUACUUCGCUUCUCUCUGACUCAUUGAAGCAGAUACAGCAGCUAAUUACGCGACUCUCGAAAUCUCCCUGCCAACCAGGUGCCAAUUCAUCAAGCCCGGACGAAGGAGAUGUUCGAGUGGAAUUAAGCGCAGAGAUUCAUCAAGGCUUGAAGGAGCUGGAAGAAGACUUUGAACUUUUGCGUCAAGACGCUGAAGACCAGACUAUUAGCUCGAGCUGGGCAUCAGCGGCAAGACACCAAGAUACUGAAAGGGAACAAGAUAGGGCAGAGCUUGCUGCUCACGUUGCGAAGUUAGGGGAAGAUUUGAAGAUCUCAUCGACGAGUCCUCGAAUCUCAUCGCCCCUACGUAGCGCCCGAACGCAAUAUCGUAAAGGUCAGCUCACAUCUAAACGAAACGCGGAAGCUGCGAAGCGGAAAGAGCGCGAAAUACUUUUCGCAGGUCUCCAAGAGGGUACAGAUACGGGCUACGGACGAAGAAGAGGUCAUGAAAAGCUAUCACAAGAAGAACUUCUACUGAGUGCUUCGAAUGACAUUACUGCUGGCCUUAGGAGGACCCAUCAUUUGAUGAGCGCUGAAUUGCAGCGCAGCCAAUUUGCACGUGAAACCCUAGAGAACUCUACCAGAGACCUCAGCCAGCUUUCGGAAUCAUACACAAGCCUAGACACCCUCCUCUCAUCCUCCCGAUCUCUUGUGUCUACUUUGAUCCACUCUCAAAAGUCAGAUACUUGGUAUCUUGAAUCUGCUUUUUACGUUCUCAUCAUUACCAUUGGCUGGCUAGUUUUUCGACGCCUUGUUUAUGGUCCGGGCUGGUGGCUCCUGUACUUCCCUGUUCGACUUUUGUGGUUACUCUUACUAUCUUCGGUAAAGGUGUCAAUUGGUGCCUUUUCUUUGAUAGCAAGCACCAUAGGAAGCAAAGGACAGCAUCAAGCGCUUGAGAAGAUCAAUAGCAAGCUUGAGACCAGAAUUUCACACACAGCCACUGCGAGGGGAAAGGUGGGAAUACCGACGUUCGAGCCCAACAUGCCCGAGCCCUCCAUACGGGCCGGAGCUGGAGGUCAAGGCGCGAAGGCAGAUUCUCCAUCGCUGCCGCGUGAGGAAAAGAGCUUGUCUGAAACGGUCGGUGAGAUGGCAGAGCAAAGUCAGCAGGUCGCUGAAGAAUCGCAAGCCCAAGGCAAACAAGGGACAGUGCUCAGGGAGCGAAAGAAGGAUGAGCAACCGAAUCCGAAGAAAAGGAUGUGGGAGGAGCCGACCGGAGAUGUGGGCCAGGGCAACAGAGCCAGGGAUGAGCUGUAA